CAAAAAGCAAGAAUUGCCAAGAAUCAUCUCGCACAGUGUACGGUUUGCGGACGCACCACGGCAGCUAGAAAGAACACACAGCCAUCGACGAGACGAGAAUCGCAGCCAUCUCUCUGUGCACUCUACUAGUGGUGAAGCGACCGACGAUCCGAGAAAAUCUCCCGAGUGCUUCAAAUUAGGACAGGGGCACAGAAGUCGCGCAGUUCCGGUCAGUGGUUUUAAAGGGCCUAGUGUUGUCCCCCCUAGAGGCUUACGGUCGAGACCCCCAGAGGGCUUGCGAGUGGCAAUCGAUGAAAUCCCCCCAGAAGGUUUCCUUGACAUUGUGAGGGAGUGAGUCUGUUCAGGUUGAAGUUUUUUCCACCUCUUGGGUUUUCUUCUUUCGUGUAUUAGAGGGUCGUGAAUGGCUUUUUUCGAUGUGAAACAAAGUGGCUUUCUCCUUGGUUUUGUUUUUCCGAAGGAUACAUAAGCUUGAGGGGUAGAUUGUGUACGGUUUGUGAAACGAGCUUUUCGGAAAAACCAUCGAAAGAACGGUACCGAUUCGAUCAAUCAAUGGAAGCAGCUUGAAUGGGCCCAAGGAAUAAGCAGACGAGUGAAAAGAGUGAAACGCAUGCACCGCAAAGGGGAAGAAGAAAAAGUUGUACCAAAAGAGUAAAUGGUGUGAGUGCUAGUAAAAAAAUUGCAUACAUGGCGUAUUGCAAAUGAGUGAUAAUCUCCUCCGAAAUUGGGUUGGAUAAUAAGUUUCAUCCAGUGAUCCAGUGGGUUGUGCGAAGGGAAGGUUCAAGAGAUUGUGCAACGAUCCAUAGGGCCAUAUUUGGGGCAUCGUACUCUUAGUGGUUCUUUCGCUGGAGAACUGUCAUUAACCGUAUACAAGCACGCACACCACGAAGAGAGAGUCUAUAUGAGAUUCCUAUUUGAUUGAUUUUUGCUGCUGCGACUCUGCUUCUUCUUCGUCCUGUGCUGCUUGACUACAAACUUCGAGCACACAUUCCGGUUCUCCAUUCUCGGAUAUAAAAAAAGGAAAAAUGAACGGACUACACUAGCCGACUAGGAGCAACAACGGCUGCGGGGAGAAAUUCGCAAUCGACGCGACAACGAUUGGAUUGCCCCUCUCAUCAAUAGAUUCGAACAAAGUUCCACCAGAGUUGCUCACGAAGAUGCAAAACUAAAUUAUUUACUUUGUGAAUCAAAUCAAAUUCAAAGAAAAAAGUCAACACCACUACCGCGUGUAUUUAAGUGUAUAUCAGUGUUAUUUUCGUUGUCAGUAUUUCAUCCGGGAAAAUCAAUAUCCGUUAGUCUCGAGUGUUCGAAUGUUACGAGGUGUGUGUUACCGAUAAAAGCGCGGAAUUAAGAAAUCUCGAGUCUGCAGAAAAAAGAAGCCUAUAAGAAGCAAGAAGGUUUUGGGUGUGUAUCGUUUUUUUUGUGGUGCUCCAUUAUCUCGCGUUAGUUUUUGGCAACUCGAUUCGAUUCGGUUCGGUAUCGAUAACGACGGGAAGAAAGCAGCGCGAAAACUGCCUCACUCGUGUGGUCUGAGUGGUGCUCGGGUGGUGGUGACAAAAGCACCACGAGUAAGUAAGUGAGUGAGCGAGUGAGUGGGAUCCGAUUUACGAGGCAGGAAAUUAGUGGUGUGCCCUUACUGGCCUAUAACACGUUAGAAAGGCCUCUCUCUAUCGGUACUACCAGCGCAAAAUGUCCAGCGAAGAGGACAAACCACCGGCACCACCGGUUCGGCUUACCAGCAAUCGUGGAGGCGGCGAUCGGAUCGAUAGUGCCGCGCCGGUCGACAUGAAACCGCUGCCUAAAGAACCGGACGAUGCCGACCGCAAGAAGAAAACGCUCAAAAACAAAAUCAAAGUCUCCAAAGCGUCCCACAAUGACUCAAAACCGAACAUCUCCUACCCGACCAACUUCGAGCACACGGUCCACGUGGGCUUCGACGCCAUCACCGGAGAAUUUACGCUGCCUUUGAAAGGUAUGCCAGAGCAAUGGGCGCUCAUGCUGAAGAACUCUAACAUUAGCAAACAGGAACAGAAGAAGAACCCGCAGGCGGUGCUGGACGUGCUCAAUUGGUUCGACAACAGCAGCAAACAGCGACCCAGUUCCAAGUAUAUGACCCAUGGUUUGCACACCACAACGCACUCUGGUUCCUCGCUGAGCCGGGUCAGCAGCAGCAGUCCGAGCAGUACCCCGACAGAUUCGGAAUCGCACGGCCCGGGUGGAGUUGGCCAGGUGCACCUCUCCAGUUCACACUCGCAGGCGUACAGCUUAGGGCCCCUCUCGUCCCAUCACAACUCGGCGAGCGGCGAACACGACAGCGACGAGCUCGGAGGACUCAGCAGCGGCGGAAGCAUCAGUGGCAAUGGAAUACCGCCGCCAAUCGCGAGCCGACCGGAGCGGACCAAGUCCAUCUACACGAGGCCUAUCGAUGACCCAACGCCGAUAUCACCACCAGUACCUCCCCAUCUCAGCAACAGUGGAACGACCGGAGUGCGCAGUCCCACGUUCGACAAGAACAAGAACUCGACGACGAUCCUCACAUCGACGGUGAACACCAUCAACUCGACGAGCGCCGCGGCCGUCCCCCAAACGCCGACCGUCGCUGCGUGCAAUCUGAACAACGCCAACAGCCAGCUGCAAGCAUGUCCAUCCUCACCAACAGCGACUCCAACGACGACGACGACGACCGCCGCCACGACCGUGGUGCCCCCUGUGGGCUCCACCACGACCACAACGGCCAACAAUGAGGCCCCCAGCCAGCAGCGUACCAAUACCAAGAAGAAGAAAAUGUCCGACGAAGAGAUCCUCGAGAAGCUCCGAACCAUCGUCAGUGUGGGCGAUCCCAAGCGGAAAUACAACAAGAUGGAGAAGAUCGGCCAGGGCGCUUCCGGAACGGUGUACACAGCAAUUGAGAGCUCCACCGGUAUGGAGGUAGCCAUUAAACAGAUGAACCUAAGCCAACAGCCUAAGAAGGAGCUGAUUAUCAACGAAAUCCUGGUGAUGCGAGAGAACAAGCACCCGAACGUGGUCAACUACCUGGACAGCUAUCUGGUGUCGGAGGAACUGUGGGUUGUGAUGGAGUACCUUCCGGGCGGGUCGCUAACGGAUGUCGUCACCGAAACGUGCAUGGACGAGGGUCAGAUCGCGGCUGUCUGUCGCGAAGUGCUACAGGCGUUGGAGUUCCUCCACAGCAAUCAGGUCAUCCAUCGGGACAUCAAAAGUGAUAACAUUCUGUUGGGGCUGGAUGGCAGCGUGAAACUGACGGACUUUGGCUUCUGUGCGCAGAUCUCGCCGGAACAGUCCAAACGGACGACCAUGGUCGGUACGCCCUACUGGAUGGCACCGGAGGUGGUCACGCGGAAGCAAUACGGACCGAAGGUCGAUCUGUGGUCGCUGGGAAUCAUGGCCAUCGAGAUGAUCGAAGGCGAGCCGCCCUACCUGAACGAGAACCCGCUGCGGGCGCUCUACCUGAUCGCAACCCACGGCAAACCGGAGAUCAAGGAAAAGGAAAAACUCAGCCCCGUAUUCCAGGACUUCCUCGACCAGUGCCUGGAGGUGGACGUAGACCAGCGAGCUACCGCUUUUGAACUGCUGCGGCAUCCUUUCCUGAAGUUGGCGCGACCGUUGGCCAGUCUGACACCACUCAUUUUGGCUGCCAAGGAGGCCACCAAGGGACACUGAGACGAACCGAGGGCCAACGAGACAGGCAACAAAACCGAAGCAACAUCGACCGAGACGGCGGUUCCUUCAAACAACCAGUGAUGGGCUGGUCCUACGCAGGCACGUGAGUCUAAUAAAUGAGCCUAGAGGUGGUGUUGUGCUCUUGGUUAAACGCAUUGCCGUUGGGUAAGAGUCUGGUGUGUUGUGAUUGAUAAUAAUGGCAGAUUCAGAAGGAGGAACAACACGUGGUGACUGACACUGGGGAGACGACGAUCAUGUGAGAGCUACUAUUAAACAAUAAGCUAUAUUGAUACAAAAAGAGUCAACCAAUACUAGACACGUAAGCAGCAUAAGAUAAAGCAAACGCUAUAUUUAAAACAUGUUAUAACUGUAAGCCGGAAAGUCUAAGAAGAGUCGUUAGAACGGAAGCAUGCUCUUCCCUGUCGGAACAAUAACGCAAGAGAUUAGGGAAAACGUAAAAGUAUUUAAUUCUUAGAGCAAAUCAUGAAAUAAGCGUGAAGCGAGCGAACGAGAUUAUGGUUUUGUUACAUGUUCCGUCAAGGUCUGAAACCAAUUGUGAAUAGAGGAGAGCGGUGUAUGUGUAUAUAUAGUUUGUAAAACGAGAAACAGAGGGCUCCGAUGGACUUCAAAUAAUGAUACAGUCAUCGAAGGAGAGUCUAUAUUACACAUAAUUUCAACCAUCAGGCAGGGUGUUUUCUUAACGAAGAUGGUUGAGAGACUGAUUCGUGUUUAGUAGGAGCCAGAAAGAGUAUCCGCGCGAUGUACAGCAAAACGAAAAAAAAAGUUCAAGCUCGCUCAAACAAAUAAUACCAUAAUAGUAAACUACAAACGGCAACUUCCGGAUAAUAGAAAGCAGAACAACAGAAAAAAAGUAUAAAAAUAUCGAUAACAAAAAAAUCAGAUAACACACGUGAAAAGUGCCUACACCAAGUGUAUGUGUCCGCGAGAUAUUAGGUAACACACACACAAAAACAUACCAAGAAAGAGAAAGCAAGCUGAAACGAGAUUCAAAUCAUUUAUCUACAACAGUUUAUGUGUGAGCUUUUCGGUUUUUCGAAGGAACAAGGACAAAGAUUAAACGGUCGUAUAUACCAGUUAGAUCAAGCUGCAAGUAUUAACCGUCACUUUUGGCUAACAGUUUAGUUUUACUAAAGGAUCGCUUACAAUCGCUACGUACUAACCACAUUCGACUGCUUAGGAAGAGAAGAACACAGAACGUUCAGAGAAACAAGAACUGUAGUAUAUGUGCUAAACGAAAAUCAAGUAUUUAACUGAUAGUAAGAAAUUAUGUCCUAUUUUAUAUUAA